GCAGCUAUGAGGAGGUGGCCGGGCUUGGGCCCUUGCAGGGCUGCUGCGUGGAAGUGGCGGGUGAGCGCUGCCCUCCCGCCCCUCGCCCUCUUCUUCCUCCUGGUGCCGCCGACGGGGUUGGGCGCUUCCCAGCCGCGGUCCGGGCAGGCGUGUAGCACCUGCCGCGCUAUCGCGGACCGAUUCAAGCAGGGUCUAACAGAUACAGCCAAAAAGAACUUUGGAGGUGGUAAUACAGCUUGGGAAGAAAAAACACUAUCUAAGUAUGAGACCAGUGAAAUUCGUCUUGUAGAGAUAAUAGAGAACCUGUGUGAUAGUAGCAACUUUGAAUGCAACAAUAUGGUUGAAGAGCAUGAAGAGCACAUUGAAGUUUGGUGGUUCAAAUGGAGAAAGAAGAACCCUGAUUUGUUUAAAUGGUUUUGCAUAGAAAAGAUUGAAGUUUGCUGCCCUGCUGGGACCUACGGACCCGAUUGUCUUGCUUGCCGUGGUGGGUCAAACAGGCCUUGCCAUGGAAACGGCCGUUGCGAUGGAGAUGGUACUCGAAGUGGUGAUGGGUCAUGCAGCUGUAACAAGGAAUACAAAGGAGAAUUUUGUUUGGAAUGCUCCGAUGGCUAUUACAGCUCUCACAAAAACGAUACACAUUCUGUUUGUACAGUUUGUCAUGAUUCGUGUAAAACUUGCACGGGUGCAACAAAUACAGACUGCCAGGAUUGUAAAGAAGGUUGGACCAAAAGUGAAGAUGCCUGUGUGGAUGUGGAUGAAUGUGCUGUAGAAGAAUCUCCUUGCAGCAGUGACCAAUACUGUUUGAACACAGAUGGCUCCUUCUCUUGCAAAGCAUGUGAUAUUAGCUGUCUGGAGUGCACGGGAGAAGGUCCUGGCAAAUGUAAAAGCUGCAUAGCUGGCUAUGAAAUGGAAGAUGAAAAAUGCACAGAUGUGAAUGAAUGUGUCCUACCUGGAAAAGUGUGUGAGAGAGAAAAUGAAGACUGUGUAAAUACUUUGGGUGGCUUCAAAUGCAUGUGCGCAGAGGGCUUUGAAGACAAGGAUGGUGUCUGUGCUCAAAUUAUAAAAACAGAAGAGGCAGUUCCAGAAAACACAUCUUCACCUGCUACACAUGAGGACUUAUGAUCUACAUUCCAAGACGAGAGACAUUGGUAUCCUG